AAAACUAUAGGCUUGUAGGGAAGUGUGAUAAACAAAGUUGUCUUUGAACAAGUAGUAGUUCAUUGUGGAGCAAUGGGAAUGUCGAUUUCCAAGUUUGUAAAAAUGUUAUUUGCAAAGAAAGAGAUGAGAAUAUUAAUGGUAGGACUCGAUGCGGCUGGCAAAACAACCAUCUUGUACAAGUUAAAACUCGGGGAAAUUGUCACUACCAUACCUACUAUUGGAUUUAACGUGGAGACAGUGGAGUACAAGAAUUCCAGCUUCACAGUAUGGGAUGUGGGUGGACAAGAUAAGAUCCGGCCUCUAUGGAGGCACUAUUUUCAGAACACACAGGGUCUAAUAUUUGUUGUAGACAGUAAUGAUCGAGAUCGAAUUUCAGAAGCCAGAGAUGAGCUACAUCGCAUGCUUAAUGAGGAAGAAUUACGAGGCGCUACAAUUCUUGUAUUCGCGAAUAAACAAGACCUUCCAAAUGCUAUGAAUGUUGCAGAUAUCACCGAUAAACUUGGCCUGCAUUCACUCCGACAACGACGCUGGUACAUUCAAAGUGCUUGUGCAACAUCUGGACAGGGACUUUAUGAAGGUCUUGAUUGGUUAUCACAUAAUAUCACUGGCAAGGCAAGAACAUUAUGGCCUUUUCACCUCCUCUUUUAAUUUCAUUUUUUUCUCACCAAACAAAACUGAAUUUACUUGGUUAAAUCAUAAUUGCAGGCAUAAAUUCAAAGCAGCAUCCAGCUCAAGAAAAUCCUCUUCUUUAAACCCCCAAACGCGUUGAUUUUAAUAGAAGCUAUGACUAUACGUAUAUUCUGAUGCAACAUUUCAUUAUUGUAAACUACAGUAUUGAAUUCCAUGAUUUUUGCCUAUCCGUGUAUGAUUGAAUUUCAUAAGUUAUGACUUUAUGUAUAUGGUUGAAAAAUUAA